AUGGAUCGACAUACCACGCUGGGAGCAGCACGUGAAGGGGGUGCAAAGAAGUCAAAACGGAAGAAUUUCGAUUGGAUAUCAGAACCACGGACAAUGGAAUUGACUCCAUUUCAACAAUUUACCGUGGAUGUCGAUUGGGAAAAAAGUCCCCUAGGUCCGAUGAGUGGAUGGCCGAAGCAGCUUCGUUCUAUGGUACUUUUGUGUUUUGCAGAUCCAAACCCAGCCACAAUUUUGUGGGGGGAUGAUAGCACCAUUAUUUACAAUGAACCAUUUACUCAACUUAUUGGUAAUAAACACCCUGCAUCACAAGGGCAAAAUGUAUGUAUUGGAUUUGCAGAGGUAUGGGAUUAUUUCGACGUACUUAUCGAAGCACAAAAGGAGACAGGUAAAGCACUUAUUCAGAAAGAUAUUCUUCUUCUCCUUCAUCGACAUGGGUUUGAAGAGGAGACUUACAUGACUUAUAAAUUCAUACCGAUCAUCUGUGAGAAUGAAGGACAUGUUAUUGCUGUACGGACAACGAUUGAUGAAACUACACGUCAAGUGAUUGGGCACAGACGAAUGGCCAUUCUUCGUGCUCUGGGCGAACAAUUAUCUAAAGCCCAAAGCAUUCGUGAUCUUUGGAAUCAUUUGAUCCAAGGACUUGAGCUAGCUGAUAAGGACGCGCCUUUUGGAUUGUUAUACUCAGUUUCUGAACCUUUCGAAGCAUCAAGUCCACUCCCAUCAACUAUAUCUUCACCAUCCGUACCUUGCGUUUUCGAAGGCUCUGUUGGCAUACCCGAAGGGCACUCCAUUGCACUCUCGGGAUUUGAUCUAGCAUGUGACCAAAACUGGUUGACUGAGCCAUUCAACCAAGCUAUGAACGCAAUGGAGAGCGUAUUAAUGCCUGUGGACCCCGAGAUGAAGCGAAGAUUUGAUGGGAUACAGUUCCGAGGAUUUGGCGAACCAACUCAUGUAGUUAUUUGUCCAAUGACAGAUUCCAAGGCACGAAGUGUUCUUGCUUUUCUUGUUAUUGCAUUGAAUCCUCGAUUAUCCUAUGAUGAAGAUUACCAAGAGUGGAUACAAAUUUUGUCAAAGCAGGUAACGACUCCUCAACUCUCUGCCAUCAUACUCCGUCAGGAAGUUGAAAAGCGAUUGGCACUUGCAAAACAGGAGGCAUUAGACAGGGAAAUUCUAUCACAUCAACUUACCGAAACUGAGAAAAAUUUUGCACUGUUUGCAACGCGUAUUCCUGUUGGGCUCGCAAUCCUAAAGACUGAUGGAACUGCCCUGACAGCAAACGAUCUCUGGAAAUCUCAGACGAAAUUAGAGGUUGGAAGCUCGCAGGUCAACUGGGAGAAAGUGUUAGUGGCCGGAGAAUUUGAACCAGUGACGAGAGCUUGGUCGGAAUGUGUUGAAGAGAAAAAACCCCUCACAUUUCAGACACGAAUUGAUCAGCCGUGGAGAGUCCCAGAGCUGACUACUGAUGGUGAAGAGCAGUGGACGGAGACUCAUCUCUUACUUACUUUAUAUCCGGAUCUGGACGAUGAAGGUAAUGUUUCUACGAUCAUGAGUUGUAUUACGGACAUUACAGAGUUGAAGUGGUCGGAAAAUCAACUUCGAGCGAAAAUGGAACAAGCCCUGGAAAUGAGGAGGCAGCAAGAGAGAUUUAUUGAUAUGACCUCUCACGAAAUGCGCAACCCGUUGUCGGCAUUAAUUGGUUGUGCCGAUGAAAUCCUCUCUUCACUGCAUGAAUUUGAAGAUUCAGUUAACAAAUGUAGUGGUCUUGGGAAAGUCCAUGAGUCAACAUCCAUGGAACCACCAAUGCAUCUAAUAAGUAGUGCUAUCGAAGCUACAGAUACAAUCAUUUACUGUGCCAUGCAUCAAAAACGCAUAAUUGAUGAUAUAUUGACUCUUUCAAGAUUAGACAGUAACCUUCUUGUUGUUUCCCCCGAACCUUCUCAGCCGGUACAUAUCAUCCAUAACGCUCUCAAGAUGUUUGAAUCAGAACUCAAACAAGCUGACACCAAAUUGAAUUUCGUCCAACAUGAUUCUAUCAGAGAAUUGAACGUAGAUUGGACCUUAUUAGAUCCAAGCAGAGUUCUUCAAGUUCUUUUAAAUCUCAUGACCAACGCCAUCAAAUUUACCCGGACGGAAGAAAUCCGUCGGAUUACCGUUACCAUGGCCGCCUCUUUUGAAAGGCCAUCCUCCCAAAAAACGAUUGUCGAAUAUGUACCUAAACAUCAAAGUAGCUCUGAUCAAACUGUAAAAGGCGAAUGGGGAGAUGGGGAAGUCCUUUAUAUAUCUAUCACCGUCACCGAUACUGGUCGAGGUCUCUCGGAAAGCGAAAAAGCAAAUCUUUUUAAUCUCUUCAUGCAAGCGUCUCCAAAAACCCAUGUGCAAUAUGGGGGAAGCGGAUUAGGACUUUUUAUCUCGAGACAACUUACUGAAAUGCAAGGUGGUGAGAUCGGAGUUCAUAGCGAACGGGGGAAAGGAAGCACAUUUCAAUUUUAUUUGAAGACCAGGAGGACGACUCCGCCCCUUGAUUUGCAAGCCUCGGAAGAUAGUAUGAAAAAGGAUUUACAAAUGGCGUUGAGGGAUGAUGCGCUCAGAGAGGCGUGCGGAUUUGAAAUAUCGAGUUUGAGCCAUGAGGAUACGGUACAUAAUGGUACGGGUGGAAUGGCAGUGAAGAAAAUUGAUUUGAAGAUUCCCAUAAGACCUUCGCCAAUGAGGAGGAUAAGCUCUCGGCUAUCUCCUUUGAGUAUUAAAAGAAGGACGAAAGGGAAUCAAGAUGAUGGUGGAGAAACAGAGGACGUCCCGCUAGAGGUAUUGGUUGUGGAAGAUAAUUUAUUGAAUCAAAAAGUGCUGGUGAAAAGUUUGAGGAAAGAAGGAUAUAGGGUAAAUGUUGCAAAUCAUGGUGGGGAAGCAUUAGAAUUUCUCAAGGAGACGACAUUUUGGGUUGGAGGGGAUGGCGAGGAAGAGAACUCAAAACAACCACUCAACCUCAUACUAAUGGAUUUAGAAAUGCCCAUUAUGGAUGGCAUCACCUGUGUAAGACAGAUCCGGAAGUGGGAAGCUCAGGGGAUGAUAAAGGGACAUGUCCCGAUCAUUGCUGUAACGGCCAAUGCGAGGAAAGAUCAAAUACUGAGCACGAUCGAAGCGGGUAUGGAUGAUGUAACGACAAAACCAUAUCGGAUCCACGAUAUGCUGAAACAGAUCGAGACAUUGGUCGCUCGGUAUCCGAAGACUGAGAGCGAGACGCUGAAUUCGAAUUCAAAAACUCGGAUGAAGAAUCCAUCACAUACGACGAAUCUCUCAAAACCAGAUACACACCGUGCGAAAUCUACAGAUGGGAAUCCUUCGGAGAAAAAUGUAUCCAAAAAAAGCACAACGAGCUCAUCUACGAGUCCUCUGAAAAAGAAUCGCAAAAAUGGAAGUUCUUCAAAUGGAACACGGAAUAGAGACUCGGAUUUUCCUAUUCCUUGA